AUGGAAAAAGGUUUAGCAAUCACUUAUGGCGAAGUAGGCACAAAAAAGAAAAGGAGACAUCAGAAGAGCACGUUUGAUCAUAUCAAAUCAUCAAAUCAAUCAGACAUCAGAAGUCUGAUCGUUUGUUUGACAAAUCCACCGAAAAACAAGGAGAAAAUCCAAGAAUACGAUGGAGACACAACUGACAAGAGCGAUUCCGAGUUUCUAUUUAACAUCACGCCAACACUCUCAUUUUAUGGUGAAGACGUAUUGAAUCUUAUGAACAUUUCUUUGGCUGAAAGAAUGAAGUGCAAACACAAGAAAGGACAAAAACGAAAAAUUGUGUUUUUGCAAAGUGACGUUGAUGGAAGUUUGGCUGCAUGCCCGGAUUGGAACUGCGAACUCAGUAGAAGUUCAUCUGCUUUGGAAACCGCCGAUGCAAUUAUUGUUUCUACGUAUACCAAGAUAAAACUACGACCAAACCAAUAUCUUGUUUUCUACAGUCAGGAAUCUCCAAGUUCAAAUCCGUUUGGCGGUGAGAAAAACUGGUGUAAUAUGACUAUUGGAUUUCGACAGGACUCUCCCGUAUCUUCUCCUUACGGAUACACUGUACUGAAUGUCGAGCAGAUUGAGAAGAAAACAAAAGGAGCUGCAUGGUUUGUAUCAAACUGUGGAGCAUCAAGUGGUAGAGAAUCAUACGUAGAUCAACUGAAAACGCUGUUUCCCGUUGACAUAUACGGCCAAUGCGGAAAUCUCAGAUGUGAGCAUAAUGACCCUUGCGAAAACGUCUUGGACACUGAUUAUCACUUCUAUCUUGCGUUUGAGAAUUCGAUUUGUAAAGAUUAUGUUACGGAGAAGUUAUGGAAGCAUGGAUAUCAACAUGAAAUCGUUCCUAUUGUGCUGAAAAGGUCUCUACUAGACUCAAUAGUGCCACCAAAUUCAUUCAUUGCUGUCGAUGAUUUUGAUACUGUUACGGAGCUUGCAGCUUACCUCAGUUAUCUCAUGAAGAACAAAACAGCAUACAUACAAUAUUUCCAAUGGAAGUUGAGUUAUCGCGUUGUAUUCCUUGACGGAGCAAAUCAUAAUGCAUUAGAGCGACCUUGGGGAUUUUGUCAGCUGUGCCGACUUCUCUGGGAAGAACCACGAGAAAAAUUUGUUAUUGAAGAUUUUUCAAAUUAUUGGGACAAUUCGUGUGACAAUAAUUAUCUGAGAGCCUUCAAAAGUGUGAAAGGGAAGCUAGGAAUUACAAAAAAAGUGCCCUGA